GGUUUCCAUGGAGAGAAGCUGACUGCAGUUGCAAACAAUUAAUCUUGAGAGCACUGUUUACUGAGGGAAAUCCAAAAUUUAAAGAGUUCCACCAGUACUGCAACGAAUGCUUCUGAAAUGUUUAAAUUCAGACCAUACCCAAGAUGAAGUACACAGGAUGGCAGAGAACAUGUAUAGAUUAUACCAAGAUCCAGCAGCUCAACAAGGGCAUCUUCAGCCCAAGUUGGCAAGACAAAACAAAUAAGGGACAUCAAACCAAAGAAAGUAAAAUGUCUAAUGAAACUGCAAUACUGCUGAAAAACAAUGUUAAAGUUACUAACAACAUGCCCACAAUGACUGAUUAAUAAUGCCCUUCUGCUAAAAAAUCUUUCAAUCGUUCAAAAUUACAGUCAACAUUCUAUUGUUAUCCCUUUGUGCCAAAAGCACAUAGCCAUGCAUGCAGACCACAUAUGGAUUUUUAAAAAGUGACACUGAUCAUUCAGAUUUUGCAAACGAACUACAGCUGCAUGUUUAAAAUGCCAUUAACGACAAUCAGUUCUUUGGCAAGAGUCUUCUCAUUUAAUAGUAGUGUUACUAAUUCUGACCUCAACAUAUCAUACUUGUGCAACAGAAGCCUGUGUUAUGAAUCUACUACUUCACCACCACAAGACAAUCAGUCCUAUAUCAUCAGCAUUUUUUUAUCAUGUUUAUACACUGUCUUUCUUUUCCCCAUUGGUUUCAUUGGAAACAUUUUAAUUCUAGUUGUAAACUUAAGUCACUGGAACACUAUGACCAUUCCUGACCUCUAUUUUGUAAACCUUGCUGCUGCUGAUCUCAUCCUGGUGGCUGACUCACUCAUUGAAGUAUUUAAUCUGGAUGAGAAGUACUAUGACAUCACCAUUCUAUGCACUUUUAUGUCUUUGUUUCUACAAAUCAACAUGUAUAGCAGUAUCUUUUUCCUGACAUGGAUGAGUUUUGAUAGAUAUGUUGCACUAGCAAGAGGUAUGAAAGCAAGCCUGCUACGAACAAUGGAACGUGCAAGGUUAAGCUGUGCCUUUAUAUGGAUGUUCUCUAUCACUGCUACACUGCUGCCAUUCAUCACUGUGCAAGCUCAGCAUAUUGGAGAUGUCCACUUUUGUUUUGCAGAUGUUCAAGAAAUCCAGUGGCUAGAGAUAACCUUGGGAUUCAUUAUUCCAUUUUCCAUCAUUGGACUUUGUUACUCACUAAUAGUGCGUGUGCUUACAAAGACACAGAAGAAUCAAGGUCUCAGAUUAAGACGACAAAAGGCUCUUCGAAUGAUUGCAGUGGUUGUUAUAGUUUUUUUUGUUUGUUGGCUACCGGAGAACAUUUUUAUUAGUGUUCAACUACUGACAGACAAAGGAGACUCCAGGUUUUCUGAUGGCAGGUCCUUCCGUCAUAAUUAUCCUCUAAUGGGACAUAUAGUGAAUUUAGCUGCUUUUUCAAACAGCUGUCUGAACCCUAUCAUUUACAGCUUCUUGGGAGAGACUUUUAGGGGGAAACUACGUUUAUAUGUAAAGCAAAAAGCGAGAGGUUCUGGACUGUAUCGUUUUUGUCCUAGUGUCCCAAGUUUAGAUAUUCCUAUCACUAAUGAAACAUCUGAAGCAUGAAAGCCAUAUCUGGCACUUCACUUUGAAUUCAUAUACGCAUGUAUAGAGAUGUUGCUAAUGUAUUUUUGAAAAAUUCAUCAACAUAAUACACAAGAAGCCUAGCUUAUCAAACUGUAUGGAAAUGAUCAAGUAAAAGCAAAGGAAUGUACAGCAUGAAACAGCAGAAAAAUGGCACAUGAGAUAUUGACGAACUUGGGAAUUAACAGCGAAAAAUGAACUGAAGUUUACACAGAAGUCUCAUGAUUACACUGAAAUGACUUUCUAUGACACACAAGAACAUGGAGGGUGCAUAUUAAGAACUAGAAAACAAUGAAGACCAUACCCUUAGUUGCACUACACAUCUGUAUUAAAACAGCUUAAGACAGAAUGCAAAGCCUUGACAAAGUCAGGGUUUAGUAUGCAUCACAAGAUGAAAAAAUGAAUGGGAGCAAAAGAAAAUUAGCCAAGAGUAACUAGGGGAUAAAGGUUCAUGCAAAGAGAGAUUGUGGCUAUGCCUCAAGUUAAAACAGAAAGAGGGAUACUCCACUGUGGGUUCAUUAAACCCAAAAGUACAGUUUUCUAAUGAAUGAUUUAGGAGUAAAACUGGAUGGCUAAAGGAUUACUUUGAGAAGGGGAUGACCUGAAUUAAGAGUUAAAUACAAUAAGGGGCAAAGAAAUUAAACAAUUGUACAAUUAAAGGGUGGUGUAGGAACGGAAUUCACUACUUUUUUGAUAAAGAAAUUCAAGUUUAUUCAUAAAUGUGAAAUAUUUAAUGAGACUGAACAUAUGAGAUGUGAUGAAUGUUCAGGCAUUAAGAACGCUUGGUACCUGCCAGUAUAUAAAGUAAUUUAAAUGAAAAGAAAACAUAUUAUCAAGAAACUUGCGUAUAAACCUCAUUAACCUGUCUUUAUGUGCUUUUAUUAUACUUUUGGCAAUGUCUUUUUCAGUCUGAUGUGGACUAUCUGGGUAUCCUUUUUAAACAUGUAACCAGUUCAUAACAGCUGUUAGUACAGUUACUAGAAUUUAUACAACUUGGAGUAAGACUUCCAACAGUCCAUUAAACACUGCCUCAGUCAAAUGUAUAAAAUGCAAUGAAUCCUUCAGCAAUGUAAAAGUUUCCAAAUCACAGUAAACAUUUCAAACACGA